AUGCUCUAUGUUCUGUCCUUCAGCCCAAACGCUGUGCUCAGGUUGCGCUUCAACCAUUUUGCCACGGAAUGUAGCUGGGACCACAUGUACGUCUAUGAUGGAGACUCCAUCUAUGCACCACUGGUCGCAGUAUUCAGGUGAGGUCAUCAUACAUUUACAUUUUAGUCAUUUAGCAGACGCUCUUAUCCAGAGCGACUUACAGUUAGUGAAUACAUUUUAUUUUUAUUUUUUAUACUGGCCCCCCAUGGGAAACGAACCCACAACCCUGGCGUUGCAAACGCCAUGCUCUAUCAACUGAGCUACAUCCCUGCCGGCCAUUCCCUCCCCUACCCUGGACGACGCUGGGCCAAUUGUGCGCCGCCCAUGAGUCUCCCGGUCGCGGCCGGCUGCGACAGAGCCUGGAUUCGAACCAGGAUCUCUAGUGGCACAGUUAGCACUGCGAUGCAGUGCCUUAGACCACUGCGCCACUCAGGAGCUACUCAGGAGCUAUCAUGCUGUAUGCAUGUACAUACGUGUGUACUCUCUAGUAUGCAGUCAACUGUGCAUGCAUGAACACCAAAUACUGUAUACCUCCAAAACUAGUUGGAUGGAACACAUGCCGCUAAAUAAUACAGAUGAUUGUAGAAUCCACACACAGUGGUGAUCCAGAAUACUGGCUAGCUGAAGAGGAAUUGUUCUCUCCCUUUCUAUUAUACAGUGAGGGAAAAAAGUAUUUGAUCCCCUGCUGAUUUUGUACGUUUGCCCACUGACAAAGAAAUGAUCAGUCUAUAAUUUUAAUGGUAGGUUUAUUUGAACAGUGAGAGACAGAAUAACAACAAAAAAAUCCAGAAAAACGCAUGUAAUUUUUUUUAUAAAUUGAUUUGCAUUUUAAUGAGGGAAAUAAGUAUUUGACCCCCUCUCAAUCAGAAAGAUUUCUGGCUCCCAGGUGUCUUUUAUACAGGUAACGAGCUGAGAUUAGGAGCACACUCUUAAAGGGAGUGCUCCUAAUCUCAGCUUGUUACCUGUAUAAAAGACACCUGUCCACAGAAGCAAUCAAUCAAUCAGAUUCCAAACUCUCCACCAUGGCCAAGACCAAAGAGCUCUCCAAUGAUGUCAGGGACAAGAUUGUAGACCUACACAAGGCUGGAAUGGGCUAAAAUACCAUCGCAAGCAGCUUGGUGAGAAGGUGACAACAGUUGGUGCGAUUAUUCGCAAAUGGAAGAAACACAAAAGAACUGUCAAUCUCCUUCGGCCUGGGGCUCCAUGCAAGAUCUCACCUCGUGGAGUUGCAAUGAUCAUGAGAACGGUGAGGAAUCAGCCCAGAACUACACGGGCGGAUCUUGUCAAUGAUCUCAAGGCAGCUGGGACCAUAGUCACCAAGAAAACAAUUGGUAACACACUACGCCGUGAAGGACUGAAAUCCUGCAGCGCCCGCAAGGUCCCCCCUGCUCAAGAAAGCACAUAUACAUGCCCGUCUGAAGUUUGCCAAUGAACAUCUGAAUGAUUCAGAGGAGAACUAGGUGAAAGUGUUGUGGUCAGAUGAGACCAAAAUGGAGCUCUUUGGCAUCAACUCAACUCGCUGUGUUUGGAGGAGGAGGAAUGCUGCCUAUGACCCCAAGAACACCAUCCCCACCGUCAAACAUGGAGGUGGAAACAUUAUGCUUUGGGGGUGUUUUUCUGCUAAGGGGACAGGACAACUUCACCGCAUCAAAGGGACGAUGGACGGGGCCAUGUACCGUCAAAUCUUGGGUGAGAAUCUCCUUCCCUCAGCCAGGGCAUUGAAAAUGGGUCAUGGAUGGGUAUUCCAGCAUGACAAUGACCCAAAACACACAGCCAAGACAACAAAGGAGUGGCUCAAGAAGAAACACAUUAAGGUCCUGGAGUGGCCUAGCCAGUCUCCAGACUUUAAUCACAUAGAAAAUCUGUGGAGGGAGCUGAAGGUUCGAGUUGCCAAACAUCAGCCUCGAAACCUUAAUGACUGCAAAGAGGAGUGGGACAAAAUCCCUCCUGAGAUGUGUGCAAACCUGGUGGCCAACUACAAGAAACGUCUGACCUCUGUGAUUGCCAACAAGGGUUUUGCCACCAAGUACUAAGUCAUGUUUUGCAGAGGGGUUAAAUACUUAUUUCCCUCAUUAAAAUGCAAAUCAAUUUCUAACAUUUUUGACAUGCGUUUUUCUGUAUUUUUUUGUUGUUAUUCUGUCUCUCACUGUUCAAAUAAACCUACCAUUAAAAUUAUAGACUGAUCAUGUCUUUGUCAGUGGGCAAACGUACAAAAUCAGCAGGGGAUCAAAUACUUUUUUCCCUCACUGUAGGUAACGAGUGGGUGUGAUCAUGAAUCAAUGGAUUAAUAUUCUGCAUUUACACUGAAUAAAAAUAUAAACGCAACAUGUAAAGUGUUGGUCCAAUGUUUCAUGAGCUAAAAUAAAAGAUCCCAGAAAUUGUCCAUACGGACAAAAAGCUUAUUUCUCUCAAAUUUUGUGCACAAAUUUGUUUACAGAAUUUCUGCAUAAACUGUCAGAAACCAGGGAAGCUCAUCUGCGUGCUCGUCGUCCUUACAAGGGUCUUGACCUGACUGCAGUUUGGCAUCAUAACCGACUUCAGUGGGCAAAUGCUCACCUUUGAUGUCCAUUGGUACGCUGGAGAAGUGUGCUCUUCACAGAUGAAUCCCGGUAUCAACUGUACCGGGCAGAUGGCAGACAGCCUGUAUGGCGUAGUGAGGGCGAGCGGUUUGCUGACGUCAACGUUGUGAACAGUGUCCCACAUGGUGGCGGUGGGGUUAUGGUAUGGGCAGGCAUAAGCUACGGACAACGUACACAAUUGCAUUUUAUCGACGGCAAUUUGAAUGCACAGAGAUACUGUGACAAGAUCCUGAGGCCCAUUGUCGUGCCAUUCAUCCGCCUUGUUUCAGCAUGAUAAUGUUUGGCCCCAUAUCACAAGGAUCUGUACACAAUUCCUGUAAGCUAAAAAUUUCUGUUCUUCUAUGGCCUGCAUACUCACCAGACAUGUCACCCAUUGAGCAUGUUUGGGAUGCUCUGGAUUGACCUUUACGACAGCAUGUUCCAGUUCCCGCCAAUAUCCAUCAACUUCGCAUAGCCAUUGAAGAGGAGUGGGACAACAUUCCACAGGCCACAAUCAACAGCCUGAUCAACUAUGCAAAGGAGAUGUGUCACGCUGCAUGAGGCAAAUAGUGGUCACACCAGAUACUGACUGGUUUUCUGAUCCACACCCCUACCUUUUUUUAAAGGUAUCUGUGACCAACAGAUGCAUAUCUAUAUUCCCAGUCAUGUGAAAUCCAUAGAUUAGGGCCUAAUUUAUUUAUUUCAAUUGACUGAUUUCCUUAUAUGAACUGUAAAAGCUUUGAAAUUGUUGCGUUUUUUAUAUUUUUGUUCAGUGUUGCUCUUAGGCCUGUCUUAGGUGUUCUUCCUCUCACCCUCCCUCCCCCUUUGAAGAAUAGGUCCCUAAUGUAAUUCCUUCCACUGAGGGUCCUUCCCUAUGGACUCUCCCCUGGUAUUGGCUGUGUGGUCUUUGUGUUGAGCCUGGUUGUAAUCUUCCCGGUGGGGAGCGGAUUUCUCCUCCCUCUUUGAUGACCUUGAUGGGGCUGUGCUGUGUAGCCUGAUCCUCCAUGCAAUGGAGGGAUCGAUCCCGAGGAGAGGAAGGAGUCACUUUCUCCCAAUGAAGUAAAGACGGGAGGGCGGGAGGACGGGAGGACGGGAGGACGGGAGGACGGGAGGACGGGAGGACGGGAGGACGGGAGGGCGGGAGGGCGGGAGGACGGGAGGACGGGAGGGGGGUUUUCAUGGUGACAGCAAUCGCAGCUCAGCAGUCAAGCAAAGGGCGAUAAUUUAUCCAGCAUACUUUGGAGCUUAACGUGUUUGUGUGUGUGUGUGAAUACUCCAUCAUUAAUGUAUUUUUCUUCUUCUCCCACAGCGGUCUCGUUGUCCCGGAAACGAGAGGGAACGAGACUGUUCCGGAAGUGGUAGCCACCUCUGGAUAUGCACUGUUGCACUUUUUCAGUGACGCUGCCUACAACCUGACUGGAUUCCACAUCUCCUACUCGUGAGUGGCCCCAGCCCAUACACACACACUACAUUUACAGUCACCUAUACCUUAUAAGUCUUCACCUAUACCUUAUAUGACCAUUAGGGAAGUCUCUGGCUCAGUAGCAGACAGUGGGUUUGCUAAGAGCCUUGUCCCCAUUACAUUCUCUUUCCUCUUGCUCUGUUGAUGCACACUAGUACUGAGCGAUUAGUGCUUUUUGAGGACGUUUCAGUUCGAGUAUUAAAAAAUAAUCAAGAUUUUUGGUUUCUAUUAUUUUUUUAAACAUUAAAUGCACUGUGCAUUAUGUGGGUUGAAUGCUGUAACAACACAGAAUAAAAUAAUUAAAGUCCCAUGAUGGUAGUGACUUUCCAUUACUGCUUAUCAUUUAUUCACAUUGCUUUAACAAAAUAUUUCAGUUGUUGUGUAUAUUACAUUUGUUUUAUUUGAUGACUUUAUUAUUUCAUUCCAAGUCAUCAUCUCAUCUCUAUAGAGCGCUGCCUAUGCUGUCUGACAAAUCCCUAUUUUGUAGUUCUUCAAAGUAAAUAAGGCAUACUUUUACGACUGCUGAAUAACAACUAUCAACUACUUAGAUCAUGUAUUUUCAGGUAGAGAUACCUCGUGAAGAAACUGCACUCUAUGUAUCUUCUCUUGAUCGCGCAUUCUUCUGUCUCUUAUGUAGUAGGCUUAAAUGAAACACAGACCGGACAAGUAGCCAUGCAAUGGAUUAUGGUCAUUGUAGUUAAUCAUCAUGUUUUCUGUUCUAAACUAUGUAGAACAUUGGCUUGUUGGAAACUACAACUCCCUACUACAUCGCACAGUUCGGGCAUGAUCUGAUUUAUCUCUAGAGAAACUGCAGCACGAUGUGCACAUUGAGCUCACAGAAAAAAACAUACGAAAUGUAAUUCAAAAAUUUGAACCGAUGUAUGUCAAUUAGUCGUUUAAAAUACUAAAAAUAACCAACAUUUCGGUUAAUCGCUCAGCACUACUGCACUCAGACUCUUUAGGCCACAUUGUAGACCCUAGAGUCUAGGGUCUACAAUGUCUAUCACACGAUUAGCUGAGAAUGGGCAUUACAGCUGAGGAGAUGACACCCCUUAACAUAUGAGAUAUGUGUGUGUGUGAUUCUGAAAAUGAAUUAAUUGGGUUGUCUCGCAAAGCAGCAGCCAAAGAGAAGGAUGGGCUUUCAGAUAAGUUAAACUCAGCCUCAAGGGCUCCAGCACAGACACACACACCAUGUGGCCAUAAAGGUGUUGCCAUAGCAACACUCUUGUCACAGCGGUAAACAUUAUCGUCCCCCUGUUGCUGAAAAGCAUGUGUAUUAUCCUGGAUCCUUGACCUCCUCCUGUCUCUGUCUACCUUCCAUAUUUCUCUAUUAUUUUGUCGGCACUUCUCUUUAAUUCUCUCUCCAUUUCUCUGCAUAUCACCCUUUAUCUGUUCUGCUCCCUGAAAACACAUACCCCAAUAGAUGGCAAUCACCUCUGUCAAUCAAUCAUUCUUUCAGCUAUUUGUUUUUCCUCAAUUAUUGACUUAUUUUUUAUUCAACCUUUAUUUAUACAGGUAAGUGAAUUAAGAGCAAAUUCUUAUUUACAAUGAUAACCUUUCCAAAUGUACUUCCUCAUCCCUCCCAUGGUCUCAUGCUUUCACUCAUCUAAUUCACCAUCUCUCCGUUCUGGGUCUGCAGGGUCAACUCGUGCCCCAAUAACUGCUCCGGUCAUGGGAAGUGCAGCACGGGGAACUCUAUCGCCAGCCGGGUGUACUGCGAGUGUGAUAAGUACUGGAAGGGCGAGGCCUGUGACAUCCCCUACUGCAGGAACAACUGUGGUAGCCCCGACCAGGGCUACUGUGACCUCACUGGGGAGAAGAGCUGUGUCUGCAACGACAGCUGGCAAGGUGGGGCUAGGGCUAUGGUUAUAUCGUGUCAAUGUUGUCACAAUGUUGUCUUUAUGGUGUUGGAUCUUCAUGUUGGUUCAUAGGGUUAAUUCAUUAUUCAAUGACAAAGGUAAGUUAUUUGUGUUCUUGUAUAUUGAGUCACACUGCCAUCUUCUGGCUGAAAUGAGAACUGUGACGAGAGGGGCACAGAGACCAUGUAUCAUAUGUUACAGUAAUAGAAGCUGACAUCUGAAGUACUCGGCAGAUAUGACCGUCUUAGUUUAGAUGAAGGGAAUGAGGUCAUGUUGUAGGAUGCAUGUAACCUGUUGGAUAAUGUCCAACACUAUUCUGACAGCUUGAUAGUAGGAGCCUUUUUCAUGUUGAGUAUUCCAUGCUCUAACAAUCUAAUCUUGAGAUGAUGGUGGAAGACCACAGGUUUCUGCUCUCCAGACAUGACCGAUUCUCCUCCGUAUUCAUACAGGCUACACUAAAUACAACACCUGCUAUUGUCUGUUGACCAAGAGGAGAUAUCUUAUGUUCCAUGUCUGCCAUCUAGUGGUGCUGGAGGUUUUGUCCUUACACCUUGUGGGUCGCUGGUCUAGGUAUCCCCUUAGUAUAACCAUGCAUUGAUAUGAUCUCCAAUGUUCCUGAAUACUGUAUGCUUUGGUGAUGUAUUAACACUUCUUCUUUACAGUAGAACCAACCAAGCACCUCUCAAUGAGACAGAACUGUCCAGCAGGGUAGAACCAACCAAGCACCUCUCAAUGAGACAGAACUGUCCAGCAGGGUAGAACCAACCAAGCACCUCUCAAUGAGACAGAACUGUCCAGCAGGGUAGAACCAACCAAGCACCUCUCAAUGAGACAGAACUGUCCAGCAGGGUAGAACCAACCAAGCACCUCUCAAUGAGACAGAACUGUCCAGCAGGGUAGAACCAACCAAGCACCUCUCAAUGAGACAGAACUGUCCAGCAGGGUAGAACCAACCAAGCACCUCUCAAUGAGACAGAACUGUCCAGCAGGGUAGAACCAACCAAGCACCUCUCAAUGAGACAGAACUGUCCAGCAGGGUAGAACCAACCAAGCACCUCUCAAUGAGACAGAACUGUCCAGCAGGGUAGAACCAACCAAGCACCUCUCAAUGAGACAGAACUGUCCAGCAUGGUGCCACUCCUAUGCUCUGACACUGAGUUGCUGGUCACUGGUCAUUUACCACUGGUCAUUUCCCUAAUUAGGUUUUCUCCACUGAUAGACAGGGUCCUGGCCCCUAGACCCUAUCACAUCCCCCCAUUUCCACUGUCUGUCCUCCACUCUAAUAGGGGCCAACAGGGGCCAGUAUCAUGAGAUCCUUCUCAUAAUGGGGUUUGAUGAAUCAGAGUGAGUAGUAGCCAUGUGAGCGCAUCACAAUCAUGGCUGACCCCAUCAUCAUGACAUAGGCUUUGUUAUCACACUCUUCACCAGCUGAUGGUGCUGUGGGACCAUGUUUAGUCAGCUGUAUUAAAGUGUUGCUGAAGAGAGUAUUUUGCUACAAACGCACCUCACAUACUUUCAUGCAUUUGUAAUUAUGUUGUUUGGUCCUCUCCAGGUCCAGACUGUGCUCUGUCAGUGCCGUCCACUGAGUCUUACUGGGUGAUGUCUAACGUCAAGCCCUUCAGCCAGUCCCUGGGCAGGGCCUCCCAUAAGGCUGUGGUCCAUGGGAAACUCAUGUGGGUCAUCGGAGGAUACACCUUCAACUACAGCUCUUUCCACAUGGUGCUC